UGACCUUUAAGCGUUGAGUAAUUGCUCACCGAGUAGAAUCGGGAAUGUGUAUGAGAAAUCUUUAAAGCGGGCAAUAAGGCAAUGAAACAUCCUUCGAAAGUCGCCUCACACGGUACCGGGGAUGUCUAUGAGGUUCAAAGCCAAGGACCAGAAGCCCAAGGCCGGAAGACCACAUUUCCCAAGAGCCUCUAGGAGCCUCUAAAUCCCAAGCUCCGUCUGUCCGCCGACGUCUCCGGACGCGCGCACGUGCAAGCGGCGGCGCGCGGCAUGGCGGCCAGGCACCUGUUCGGGGCCACCCGGACCUGGGCCGGCUGGCGGGCGCGGCAGCUCCCUGGCCCCGCCGCCCCUGGAAGAGUCUUCGGACGGGAUUACGCCAAGAAACCGGUCAUUAAGGGCAAAGGCAGCAAAGGCGGUGUGGUCAGCGAUGCCCUGAAGGACCCAGAGGUGUGUACAGACCCCGUCCGGCUCACCACGCACGCCAUGGGUGUCAACAUCUACAAGGAGGGCCAGGAUGUGGUCCUGAAGCCGGAUGCCGAGUAUCCCGAGUGGCUGUUCCAGGUGAAUGUGGGCCCCCCCAAGAAGCUAGAGGAGCUGGACCCUGAGACCCGGGAGUACUGGCGGCUGCUCCGGAAGCACAACAUCUGGCGCCACAAUCGGCUGAGCAAGAACCGAAAGUUCUAGUUGGGGAGGGGCUGGAGUACCCUGACCCGCCAAGGACCUCGACAGGCCCUGGAGGACCCCGGAGGGCCACCACCUUGCCCCCUCAGUGUCUCAUGGAACACUUUAUUUUCCUGGAGAAAACAGACUUGCUUACCUGGGUUCCCAUGCGGCCCUGGCUGGAUCAGGGCCUUGGGGGACCAAUAAAGACCUCUUGGGGCUGUCAUCAGCA